AGUCUCGGAACAAAAGGGUCGAUCAUCUCUGCCCUUUUCCAGUUGUUUCUCUCUACGAUUCCAUCCUCCUCCAAUGGCGACUGGUUUGGUCCGGCGAGCGAUAUCUAGGGUUCAGCUGUGGCCGGUGGCGAGGCUGGCGAUCGUCCGCCACUACGCGUCCGAAGCCCAAGCUCAGCAGGUGGAGCCCAAGGCCAAGGCCGAUUCCAACCUCAAAACCUUCCAAAUCUACCGAUGGAGCCCUGACAAUCCUACCAAACCCCAGCUCCAGGACUACCAGAUCGAUCUCAAGGACUGCGGCCCCAUGGUCCUCGACGCGCUCAUCAAGAUCAAGAAUGAGAUCGAUCCUACCCUAACCUUCCGCCGCUCGUGCCGCGAGGGCAUUUGCGGCUCCUGCGCCAUGAACAUCGACGGGUGCAACGGCCUCGCCUGCCUCACCAAGAUUCCGGCCGGGGCUUCGUCGAUGGUCACGCCGUUGCCGCACAUGUUCGUGAUCAAGGAUCUGGUGGUGGACAUGACCAAUUUCUACAACCAGUACAAGAGCAUUGAGCCCUGGUUAAAGCGCAAGAGCUCGCCGUCUACGCCUGGGAAGGAGAUUCUGCAGAGCAAGAAGGACCGGGCGAAGCUUGAUGGUAUGUACGAGUGCAUACUGUGCGCCUGCUGUACCACAUCCUGCCCCAGCUACUGGUGGAACCCCGAGUCUUAUCUCGGCCCCGCCGCUCUCCUUCAUGCCAAUCGGUGGAUAAUGGACAGCCGUGAUGAAUAUACCAAGGAGCGCCUCGAUGCAAUAUGUGACGAGUUCAAACUCUAUCGUUGCCACACAAUUUUGAAUUGUGCACGUGCCUGCCCAAAAGGGUUGAACCCUGGAAAGCAAAUUACAAAUAUCAAAAAGCUUCAGCUUGCAAAUGGUAUCUAAAAGGUCCAAUAAUGUCCCUAAAUCUCGCAGUAGGAAUUAUUGCGGUGAACUGGUACUCGUUUAAGUUAAUAAUAGCUUGUCCCAUUGUCAUCAUGCAAUUCCUGGGAUCUUUCUUUGAAUUUUUGUGAUCAAGGUUCUUGUUUUGAAUAACCAUCAAUCACUCAAUCUCUCUGUGCUUGAGUUGUGCUUU